AGCUACAAUAGUUUCAGUGAGAAUAUUGCUAUCAAAGUGUUACAUACAUUUACUUCUAGAUUCAAUAUGGUUUUGGAGGCGAAUUCAACAAACAUACAGAAAACUUCAUCUAUUGAUAAAUAUGAAAAACUGGUGGACCUUCAGAAUGAUUGCAGAUCAUUUUACCUAAAUCGUGUGAAAGCAACUGAAAAUCUGAAGCAAAAGUUGGAGAAUAAAAACGGAGACUGUGAACCAAAGAAAACUUCAUUGUCUAUGGCUAUGGAUAGAUUACGACUUGAAAUGACUUCACUCGUCGACCAAGAUCUUUCCUUAAUGAGGCAGCUACUGACGCUGAAUGAAACCAUCGAGGAGCUGAAAAACAAGAGGCUUUAUGGUGUUAGUAAAGAUUCUUUAGAUGACAGUUCAAACUACCUCAAAGACAGCACGUGUCAGCUGAGUAAAAGUGUGUCGACCAUGUCACUAGGCAGUGAUUAUUCUUGUGAAUGUAGUGGAUCCGAAGAUGACACAGACAUGAAGAAAACUGAUCAAGAUUCCGAAGACUCUGGCUAUGGAGAAUGAUUCAAUGCCGAAUUCAACUGUAUAUCUGAAUAUUCUAGUCAUAUUCUGUGAAGGCAGGUGCCCACUCGUUACAACUAGAAGAGACAAUCUUAGUGUCGAUCCCUUAAUGACAACAAGAACAUCUGUUUAUUUGAAGAUUGCAGAAGAGACCUAGUUACGAGCAACAGACCAACUGACAAAAAGGCUUAUAAUCUAUAGUGACAAUUCCUAUAUUUGAUAUGAAAGAACAAUGUGUUAAAAAUAUAGAUCAUUGAUUAUUGAAACAAUUACAUUGACUUCCUAUUAUGUACAACUUAUAGAUUUAUAAUGUAAAAUAAAACAUCAUUGUUUCUCA